CGCGACCGCAGUUCAGUUUGUAGAUUUUGAACGAUCGUUUCGCGGCAACGCAACGUGAUCGUCGUGUGGACGGGUGAUAUUUUGGGCUUUCCGAGCCCAAACGGAGCCUGAUUAAUUAUAAGGCGGCAGCCGUGACGCCUAAACAAGAAGCCGUCAAAGUUGUGUAAUCUUCGACCUAGUGCCAAACGCUUUGGAGGUUGACUCUGUUGAAGGAACCGGUUAUAUUGCGCGUGCGGGUUGAACUGUCGCUGUGUAAAGUGGCGCCCCGGUAGAGCAAAGUGCGAUUUUUGCGUUAAGAAUUUUUAUCUCAGUCGUUGAUCGUGAAGCGUGACGCGCGGGUGCGAAAUGAAGUUCUUAGCUGUGGCUUUAGUGGUGAUUAGUUUUGGUGCUUUUGCCAGUGGAAGGACUUCAGAACGGUUGAAAGUUACGCUGCCACAUGGAGGAACGCUUGUUGGAAGGUAUCUGACUUCGUUCAGCGGCCGGGGAAUUCUGGCGUUUUUGGGAGUACCCUACGCAAAGCCACCAGUUGGAGAGCUGAGAUUUAAGGCACCGCUUCCCUUCGAACCAUGGCACGGAGAGCGACCGGCCAUCGUCGACGCUCCACUCUGUACCCAGCGCGACCCCUACCGCCGCGAUGAAGAGAUCUCCGGCGUCGAGGACUGUCUGCAGUUGAACGUCUACGUUCCGGAGCGACCCCAAAGCGACGGGCCACUUCCGGUGAUGGUGUUCUUCCACGGUGGUGGAUGGCAGUGCGGUUCGGGUACCAGAGGUUUUUACGGGCCGGACUUCCUGCUAGACCACGACGUGAUCUACAUCGGAGCCAACUUCCGAUUGGGUCCGCUCGGAUUUCUGAGCACCGAGCAGGAGGACUGCCCAGGUAACAAUGGUCUCAAGGAUCAAAAUCUGGUGCUGAGGUGGAUUCGGGAAAAUGUUGCUUCGUUCGGUGGCGAUCCGGGAUUGGUGACAGUGUUUGGGGAGAGUGCAGGAGGAGCUAGUGGAACCUAUCACAUGAUGUCGCCACUGUCGAAGGGAUUGUUCCAUCGCGUCAUUUCGCAGUCCGGGGUGAAUCUGGAUUCCUGGGCACAGCCGACCCAUAAGGGAGUGGCUCGGAAGCGCUCCAUACAGCUGGGAGAAAUGCUGGGCUGUCAGCAGGGACGGGAUGGGCGAUUCAAGGAAAUGAUGGACUGCUUACGGAAGGUUUCCGCUGAGAACGUUACGAAGGCGUUCUAUGGAUUCUUUGAAUGGGACACUGAUCCGAUGAUUCCGUUCCCGCCAGUUGUGGAACCGGAUCUUCCAGGGGCAUUUAUUACUAAGCAUCCACGAGAUGAGUACGAGCCGCAUGCUAUGGGAUUGCCGUGGAUGACUGGGUUGACGAUGGACGAGGGUGCCCUGAAAAGUGCUUCUCUCAUUAAUCUCCCGGAGCUUCGUGCCAGCCUGAAUCACCACUGGGAUGGAGCGCUGCCGUUAUCGCUGUACUAUGACCACCACGAAGAUGCCCGCAAACAGCAGGAAAUCACCGAAGCAAUCAACAAAUUUUACUUCAACGACCGCAAGCUGGUCAAGGAGACGGAGCAGAACCUGACCAAUCUUUACUCCGAUGCAUGGUUCCUAGCCGGGAUGGACGAGUAUUUGCGUAUCCGUUUAACAAAGAGCAAAGCCAUCGGCACCGUUGGACCAACCUAUGUGUAUCUGUUUGCUCAGCGAACGGCCGCCAGCUUUACGGAGAUUUUCGAAGGAGGCAAGGAAAACUAUUACGGUGUCUGCCACGCCGAGGAGCUGCAGUUCCUUUUCCCCAUUGCCAAGGAUUUGUUCGUGACGGCCGUGCCGACGCCAGAGGAGCUACAGGUGCGGAAGGUCAUCACCAAGCUGUGGGUUAAUUUCGCCCGGUUUGGCAAUCCAACUCCACCCGGUGGGGAAGGUUUGCUGCCUGAGUGGCCCUCAACGGACGGAUUUCCGCUGACGUAUCUGCGGAUAGGAAGCCCACACGCUGACGGGGAGCCACUGUUUGCGGUGGAAAGUGGUCUUUUUGAGGAGCGAUCUGGUUUCUGGCGGAAACUGCAAGCACAUCAUCCGUCGGACGGAUUGCCGAAAGAUGAGCUGUAACGGGAGGGGGUUUCGUUUGGGGAAUAGUUUUAUGGAAAUUACGAAGAAUGUUUUUAUAGACCAUAUAAA